UGCGCUCCACUUAUGUCCACGUCUACCGAGAUUUAUUGGUUAAAAACGAUUAUAAAAACGAAGACAAGCCCUCAGCUUUCUAGUUUUGUUGUGUCAUCAGCAAGAUAUCAUGAGAUCCUUCUUCAUUCUUACGGCCCUCGUGGUGCUGGCCGUUGAAGCUGCUUCAAUCGGCAAGCCAGGAGAUAAGGAUAAACUGGCGAAACUUCAGAAGGAUGUGUCACAUAUUAUGAAAACUGUGGAUGCGAUGCAGGAGCAUCUGAAUGAUGUACAUAUUUACUUUCAUGGUCUGCCGACAGGCGUCGGUUCUCAUGGUGGUCACCGUAUACACGGUACUCCUUUUGGCCAACAUCAUCAUCAUAAAUUUACGCAUUUCCACAGCUUCCAAAAAGGUAAGUUAAUCGAACUAUUUUAUCUUAUUACGACUGUUGUUUUGGCAGCGAACUGGAAGAAUCGUUAAAAUUUUGCCGGGCAA